UGAAACCGGUCUAUCCUUUAAACACACUCCGUUCUCGAGUGACUGGGUAGUGGUGGAAGAUUUAGAAUGCCUAAAGUAGUGUCACGUUCCGUAGUUUGUUCGGAUACCCGAGAUCGGGAGGAGUAUGAUGACGGCGAAAAGCCAUUACACGUGUACUACUGUCUCUGUGGCCAAAUGGUGCUUGUCCUAGACUGCCAGCUAGAGAAACUUCCCAUGAGGCCGCGAGAUAGAGCAAGAGUCAUUGAUGCGGCUAAACACGCUCACAAGUUCUGUAACACUGAGGAGGAGGAAGCAGUUUAUCUACGCAGACCGGAUGGUAUUGAGCGGCAGUACAGGAAAAAGUGCAGCAAAUGCAGCCUGCUUGUCUUCUACCAACACCACCAGAAGAAUGCACCAGCUACAUUCAUUGUUGAUGGAGCUCUAGUCAAAUUUGGACAAGGUUUUGGAAAAACUAACAUUUAUACACAGAAACCUGACCCACCCAAGAAGGUUAUGAUGACCAAGCGUACAAAAGACAUGGGGAAGUUUAGCUCCGUCACAGUGUCAACUAUUGAUGAGGAAGAAGAGGAGAUUGAAGCGAGGGAGGUGGCUGACUCAUAUGCCCAGAACGCUAAGGUGAUUGAGAAGCAGUUGGAGAGGAAGGGCAUGAGCAAGAGACGGCUGCAAGAACUGGCUGAGCUGGAAGCUAAGAAAGCCAAGAUGAAGGGCACACUGAUUGACAACCAAUUCAAGUAGCGGGGACACUUGUCCUGUGCUGUUCAGAGACUUUUAAGGAUGGCAGGGCCACCCUCCAACAUGACCGUGCUAGCAGAAUGUACAGAAUGGAAACACAACAUGUUUUAAAUCAAAAACUUCUUAGUGUGAAUACAGAUAUGUUUUAUAGUUUUGAAUUAUUUAAAGAGCUCAGAAACAGACCACAGUGUGUUGAGGAUCAAAGCCUCAUCUUACAGCAUCCCUUGAAUGCCACUGUUUUGUAUAAUGCUUUAAAUCUUUUUGGAAUGUGUUCAUCUUUUGAGGGUUCUAUACAGUGUGACACAUAUUAAAGGGAUAGGAAACCCAAACAUUUUCUUUUGUGAUUUAGACAGAGCAUACCGUUUUAAAAUGUACAUAUAUUAUCAAAUUUGCUUUGUUACCAUGCUAUUCUGCGUUUAAGAGAUAUCUAGUGCUCUUGCAAAUGGAUAACAUUCUUGCAAAACUGCUGCCAUAUCGUGCUCCAGAAAUAGGCCGGCACCUAAGAAUAUUCCUCUGCUUUUCUAAAAAAGAUACCAAGAGAACAAAGAAAAAUUGAUAAUAGAAGUUAAUUAGAAAGUUCUUUAAAAUCGCAUGAUCUAUCUGGAUCAUGACAUUUUGGAUAUCAUAUCCCUUUAAUAGAAGUGUCCAUCAUCACUUAUCAACAGGAUAUGUUUUUUCAAACUUUUUUUUUCCCCCGAGUAAUAUCUCAAAAACUAUAUUUUUGUCAUAUUUAUAAAGGUAUUCUUUAUAAAAUA